AUGUCCUUCCCUGCCGGUCCAAACGGAUCCCUGGCCGUGUCCUGCAACGACAUCCUUCAUGUGACCAACACACGACCAAUUAACAGCGAGGACUCAUGGCACGCCAGUCAAGUUCAUCCCUGUCAGCUCCUGGCCCUCAAGAGCGGAACCGUACCAAACUAUUACAGGGCACAAAGACUUCUGAUCCGUAUUAUUGAAGAAAUGAGCUUUCAAACGAAGAAGUCUCAAAAGAAUAAGGAGAAGGCGGUGAGGAUCGUCAGCACCGGGCGACAGGGCAGGAACCCACUGUGGGUCAGUGUGGAGGAUGAGAAGACCCUAGAGUCAGGAGAUUCAUCAGCAUCUAAAACCUGCAUGUCCCUCAUGCCUUACACCCUGGUCACUCCACACUACCCACCCAUCUGCAGGCCUGUCCUGCUGCUGCCCACCGUCCUGGGCCGCAUCCUGGACAAGAAGCUGGAAGGAUGGCAGGGCUUCCAGCUCUGUGAGCCUGAGAUGCUAAACGCCAGCGAGCAUGGAGCUCGUCUGCAGAGGUCUGAGAUCCUGGAGGAGUGUGAGCAGGGAGGAAACUGCUGCUACACUCUGCAGAGUGUCAACAAAGUCAUGAAGAAGGGGAUCCACUGUGUGCUGCCGUUGGGGCUGGACUGCGUGCGUCGGCUGCACAGGGCUCAGAUCUUCCCUAUUAUCAUCUUCAUUGGCCAGUCUGCACGCAGUGCACGUAAACUGAGGGCGAAGUUGCAUCGCCACAGCCAGUCAGAGGAGCAGCUCCUCGCAUGUUCAAGGAGUGAGGAGCCCCUGUUGGACAAGCUGCCGUGUCUGUAUCACAGCGUGACUCCGGACUCCUGGUGUGACCAGGCCUCCCUGCUGACAAGCCUGCGCACCAUCAUCCGGGAGGAGCAGCAGAAGAUUGUCUGGGUGGAGCCGGACCUGUGGUGAAGCAGAGGACAGAACAGAACAUUCAGAAGACAUAGAAUUAGAAGUAUUAUCUCUCAUAGAACUCUUCUAAUAAGAAUAUUU